CUGGCGAAAUGUUGGUUGCUGCCAAGCGUGCCGUUCGUGGAUCGGCUUUUCUUUUGCUCGUCGAGUUUCUUGCUUUAGUUGCAGCGGAGCCGUGUUCCACUGACGGACUAGUGAGACUGGCGGACGGCUUGACGGCGAACGAAGGAAGGGUUGAGAUCUGCCUCGAUGGAGAGUGGGGUACGAUUUGCGAUCAUCACUGGGGCUCGUCCGAAGCCAGUAUCGUUUGCCAGCAGCUAGGAUUACCCGCGGAACAUGCCGAUGCCAUUUAUCGAUAUGGUGGCGGCUCGGGUCUUAUACACUACGCUGGAUUUAGGUGCAAUGGUAUGGAGACGCAGCUUUCGCUCUGCCCGGCUGACCAAAGAAACUCGAGUACCACACAAAUCACAAACUGCCAACACCUAGAAGAUGCAGGAGUGCGAUGCACUAAUGUUCCCUGCACUGAGAAUACUGUUAGACUGAAUGAGGAGGUAGUGCAGGUGUGUCAUGAUCAGCAGUGGGGCCUAUUGUGUGCCCCGAGGGGUAUCUGGGAUCAAAAUGCCGUGCAAGUGAUGUGCACUCAAGCUGGAAGGCCAUCCACAUUCCCACGCAGCCCAAGCCGUAGGGUGUUCUUCUAUGAUGCUCCUGUCAUACUGAAUGACAUAACAUGCAAUGGCACGGAAGAUAGCAUUGUCGAGUGUGCCCAAGCUGAUUAUGGCUCCUUCACUGACUGCGCUAAUAUUGCUGUAGCUCAUUGUGAAGCGCAAGAGUCCUGCAGUGAACCAAACGCUAUACGGUUGACAAGGUUUUCAAGUGACACGAUGGGUCGCCUGGAAGUGUGUGCUAACGGCAUGUGGGGAACUGUCUGUGGCAAUGCAGCAACCAUUGCUUUGGUGAGGGUAGCAUGCAGACAGCUGAACCAUGCCCCAGGAGGGUCACUUUUCAGAGAGAGUGAUUUUGCAUUUCUACUUGAUGGACUUGUUCCAAUACGACGAACAAAUGUGGUGUGUGCUGGCAACGAAGACUCCCUGUCAGAGUGCUCCUUCAAUGGAGCCGAUGGAGACCCAACCUGCACUCAUAGAGAUGAUGUCAUCAUUAUGUGUGCAACUCAGAGUGAGUGUAAUGAGGGAGAUGUUCGGCUGGUAGACGGCCAAACAUCAACUGACGGACGAGUGGAAGUAUGUCUUGAUGGGUUUUGGGGCUCAGUGUGUGAUGACAGAUGGGACUCCAGAGAUGCUCAGGUCGUGUGUCGACAAUUGAAUUUCAAUGGACCAUCGUAUCCACUGCUGAGUUUUGGAGCCGGCCAAUCGUCCACUAUUCACCUGGAUGAUGUUCACUGUAAUGGAUCUGAGGAGAGAAUCACUGAGUGUAGCCACAGUGGAAUAGGAAUCCACAAUUGCCGUGCGGGCACUGAAGAAGCUGGAGUCAUAUGCACAAACACAACAUGUGAGGAUGGGACAGUCCACCUGGUGGGAGGAGACGACGUGUCAAGAGGGAGAGUUGAGUACUGCUAUCAGGGAGCCUGGUACUCUGUGUGUGCCAGUGACUGGGAUGACAGUGGGCUGGAGGCACAAGUUAUCUGCGGAAGUCUGGGCUAUCGAUAUGAAUCUACUGUAGUGAACUACGACGAGGGACGAGGGAAUAGUCCAAUUCUACCAUUCAGUAUCAGCUGCAGUAUAGGUGACAGUGAGCUUGAUGACUGUGCUAAGACUGCACUUGAUACCAACCAGUGUCCACAUGUGGCAGUAGUCGACUGUGAAGCUAUCUGCCACACAGUUGGUAUCACAGACUGUGAGAUGUGUGGGAGUCGUGAGAGGUGUGGGAUUGUAACGACAGCUGAUGGAACCCCCGUCUGCAACUGCUACUCUGAUUGUUACGAUUAUGGAGAUUGCUGCUCUGACCUAUCUAAUUUAGACAAUUGCUCUAUUCCAGAGUGUGAUGAUGGUGCGGUUCGUCUGGUUGGUGGAGUGACCAACUCCACUGGGAGACUGGAGGUGUGUGCCAAUGGAUUGUGGGGCAGAGUCUGCAACAGAUUCCAGUAUUGGGGUCCAGACAACGCCAGAGUUGUGUGUCGUCAGUUGGGGUUCCCUACCGAAGAUGCGCGUGUUGUGGAAGGUGAACUUGCCCGUAUGUUUGGGGUAAGUGAGAGAGCUCCUCUCCUGGGAGAGGUCCACUGCAUCGGAACGGAAACAGAGCUGUUGGAAUGCUCCCACACAAGUAUUGGACGGCAUUUGUGUGGCGUUACAGUUGUUCCUCCAGUCCCAGACAUUAUCAUUACUUGCUCCGAGAUUUGCCAGCCACCUUGUGUCAACGGAAUGUGCAAUAUAAACACUGGAAACUGUGACUGCUCUCCUGGAUAUACUGGUAUCUCCUGUGAUGAAGAUGUACGGGAGUGUGAAGCAGACAAUGGAGGUUGUGAUCACAUCUGCACUAACUUUCCUGGUGGCUACAACUGUUCAUGCAGAGCUGGAUACAACACAGAUGGAACCUCUUGCAGAGACAUCGAUGAGUGUGGGGAUGGGAGCCAUGACUGCAGUCAGAUCUGUGUCAACACUCCUGGAUCAUACUACUGCAACUGUCAGCGUGGCUUUCAGCUAGUCGGUGGCACAGAGUGUGAAGAUGUGGACGAAUGUGAAGCGCUUUCUCCCAAUGGAUUCUGCAGUCAAGUGUGUGUUAAACACUGAGGGUUCUUUCCACUGUGACUGUAUGGACGGAUACCAACUCUUUCGGUCAUUCUUAUGCACAGAUAUUGAUGAGUGCAGUGAAGGGAUCGAUACAUGCAACAGAAGUGGACCCACACCGGCUCGCUGUAUCAACACUGAAGGGAGCUACAGGUGUACUUGUGAUGAGUACGUUGGGUACCGUUUGUCUACCAAUGGUACCACUUGUGAAGAUGUGGAUGAAUGUGCUGAAGACCCGUCCCUCUGUAGAGAGACCUGUGUGAACACACCUGGUUCCUACAGCUGCACUUGCCCUGAAGGAUAUGAACUUGAUGUGGAUCAGAUAUCCUGCCGAGAUAUUGAUGAGUGCAAAAACAUGAAUGGUGGCUGUCAGAGCUCCUGUACCAACACACCUGGCAGCUUCAGAUGUAGCUGUGACCAGGGAUAUAGGCUAUUGGAUGGUGGAUUACAGUGUGAAGCCCUCAGUUGUGAUCCAGUUCUUGAAGCUCCACUGAAUGGUGAGAUAGAGUGUGACAGACAGACUGUGGGUCGGAUUUGCAGGUUCACCUGUGAUGACGGCUACACUCUGAGAGGCUCAGAGAAUCGGACCUGUCUCCCCUCCCUCCAGUGGAUGGAACCUCCUGCCAUAUGUGACCCUCCAAUGUGCCCUCACCUCACUCCUCCUGACAAUGGAUUUGUGUUGUUCCCAUGUACCAGAGAGGAGGGCCAUCUGUGUCAUGUUGUGUGUGCCCAUGGCUACACCUUAGUGGGUCCUAGCAAUCAGACAUGUAGAAAGGAUAACACAAGCAGUCUUGUGUGGAGUGAUGGACCACAGUGUGUGGAGAGUGGUCAAAUGUGACCCAAAUCCUUGUCUGAAUGGAGGCUAUUGUAUCGAGGAAGGUACUGAGUUUAGAUGUGUAUGCAAUGGAACUGCAACUGGUUAUGGUGGACCAACAUGUGGAGCAGUUAUUGUAUACUUCCCACCAAUCCCACCAGUGACUGAUGGAGUAUUUAUUCCGAUCGUGCUGUACACCAAUGUUAAUGAACUCCCUGAUGGAUUUGUUGACAGACAAAGAGUAGAUAUUAAAUUUCCCAACCAGGAGAAAUUGCGGGCAAUAGUAGAUAUAGAAAGACGAGAAAGGAAUCCAACAAGUGUAAGAGGUGCAAUAGGUGUACUCACACUUAGUCUGCCAUCGAAUACUGACGAGUCAUCUAUCUGCCAAGCGAGAUAAAUGUAUUUGUAACUGGUGGAUCAGAUGAGAGACGGUCAUACUUUGAACAGUUUAAUCUUCCAAGGGGACUGUUGCAGCCAAGUUGUUGCAGUGCAGAUGAUCAUGUCACACUUUCCUGUCCUGGAGACUCCACUCAGACAAUAUCACUGCUAUCAUCAUGUGAGUGGAAUACCACUGACAAGGGUGUUACAAGAACAGAUGCUGGUGUUUGUGUUCGUUCAGAGUAGUUCCCUAGCUCUACCAACUUCUCUCUCCAGCUUCAGAUACAGAGAUGUUCCUUACCGCAAUGACAUUAGGCUUGAAAUUGGAGAAUGUGUACCUUGCAAUGAAUGCAGCAGUACCAAUAGCCAGUGCUCCUGUUAUGAUCACACACCAGAUGACACUGUGGAGUUUCUCCAAGCUAGAGCCUUGGCCUUCACUUACAUCAAUCAAAUCCAGGCAUUACUUCCAUCCUGGUUGGAGCUGUUUGUGGAUUUAGAGCUGUCGUUAGCAUCGAUUGGAUUGACUAAAAAUGACAUGUUUGCACCAGUCACUAGAUUAAGUAGACCUGUUUCCUCAUUUGAAGGUUGCGAAAAACUCACUGACCUAGUGGGCGGCAGAUACUCUGUGUUGAGAUAUGACAAAACUCUAUCAGUAGUCAUAGAUGGCCAGAGAUAUGACUAUGGGGAGGACAAUGAGACUGGGACCACUGGAGAUGUCAUGUGUUUUGCAGUUGACUUGUGUCAUAAAUCAGAGUCUCCAGUUCACAUGCAGAUCUCCCAACCAAUCAAUGACAUUCUAUUCUACCAGUAUCUCAGUGGGUUCACCGACAGACAGUGGAACAUUCUCCUCAAUACUGUGUCGGUCUUCAAUCAACCUGUUACUCAAAAAGUAGUGAUGCUAUGUUUUGGAAUGGCGUGGAGAUGAUGUCACUGCCAGAUGUUAAAGUAGAUAUUUCGGUGAACACAGAUCUUGAGCUUCAAUUUAACGAGGGUGGCCUCAAUGUCAGGGUGGAAUUUAGUGGAGAUGCUUCAUUCGAAUACAGAGAAAGACAAGGAACACUGGAAGGCCAGAUUUGUUUGGUAGCUAGUAGCAUGAUUGAUGGAACUGAGCAGAGCUUCCAACUCAAUAGCUACGACAGAACAACAAAUGCCUACUGUUACAUUGACGGUAGUGGGGAUCCUUGUAAGAGCAAGACAGGAUUAUCUUUCGAAGCAAGUUUCCAGCCACAACCUGGUGAGCUGUUCUUCACGCGACUUCUUCGAUUCACUGAGAUCACUCAGAGCUGUAGCUUCAGUGCCCUUCUUGCCAAUAACCAGUGACUACAGAGCUCUUGGUCUCAUUCUACACACUGAGUGUCCUCUUCUUGCUACUGGACACCUCAUCUUGCCUGAAAUGUCCCACACCAUCACCUUCAUUGGAUCAGAGAAUCCUAACUGCUUCACCAGUAACUUCCUUGAAGUUCCAGACCCAGCUCUUGUGAUUGAAUCUGAGUUGAUCAAUGAUCGCUUGCCUCUUGGGAACAUCUUUGAACUUCAGGCCAACUCUACAGGUCCUGAUGUAGUGACUGUCUUUGGAAGAGAGGAUUCCGGACCAGUCUCUCAGUUUCAUUCGAUACAAGCGACUCUGUUUGGAGGAGUGUUUGAGUCAGAGGCCACCGUCAGGAAUGAACAGCUGACAAUCUCCACCAGUAGCGGUAGUGUGUUUGGCUAUCCAGCAGAGCUGACCAUCACUGCACCUUCCAACAGGACUGACUGGCAGGACCUGGAAUUGACUGUGGAUGGCUCUCUACUCUCAGGCAAUGGCAGCUUCAUACAGAAACUAAGUGAAGUUGUUACAAGAAAGCUGCAGAGCCUUGCUCAAUCAGCAAAUUCACGACGAGAAGUAGCUCAGAUGUCUCUUAAUCGGUCAAUGGAGAGGCUUCUUGCUAUUGAAGAAAGAUACAACCAGACAGUUGCAAACUUGCCUCUAGCUGAACCAAUGAGGAAGCCACAAGAGAAAGCAUUGAAGAGGCCACAAUAAGGUUACAAGAAAUAGAGCAGCGGUUUAAUGCCAGUCAAGAUCCAGGACUAGUAGAAUUGGACGAAUUGUGUACUUUACAGGUGUGUAAAGAUGUGUGCAUGCCAGGCCAAGUAUGCAGGAGCUGUUCCAAGCCAACCGUUGUUAAAAAAACAAACAAGUGUCCAAUCCACGGUUAAAGAA